UCACUCAUUUUUAUUGUCGCGAACUAUAUACUCAGUGAAGAUCCCGAGCGUCCAUCAAAGUCUUAAUCGCAGUUGAAUGAAUGAACUACGUCACUCCAAAGGUGACGAAAUAGUCCAAACAUUUAAAGUUUGCAAAUGAUUUAACAGACGAAAUUGUGUGAAGUUGUUGGCUUUUAGUGUUUUUGAUGGAUAUGACGGUUAUACUAUUAAAAAACAGUGCUACAAGUUUCAACUGUAAGCAGUGCGAUCACUGAUGUUUUUUGUAGCGCGGCCGAUGGAGAAAUUAUGUGCUAGUGCAUGUGCUCGAGCUUUAAUAUUUUGAUGGUCAGGUGCAACAAAAUUAAGGAGACUAGAGUUUUAUAUUUUUUGUGUUCCAAGAUCAAAUUUUUUCUGGUGAGUUUUGCUUAUUUUGUACUAUCAUAGAUACAUUUUUUACAUCUACAUUUAGAAAGAAAGAGAGUAUUGCGAAACUUAGACGAAAAAAUGACAAUCGUGGGCAUGUGCGCAAUAAAGGAACAUGAGCAUAAACAGACGGAUUCGUAACCCGAGCCGCGUGUGAUUCUCCUUGUUGGCCUCCUCAUUUAUUGCAAUCGUGGAAAAUCUGGGUUUCAUAGAUAUUUCGUGUUUGACGUUUCAGAUCAUUUUCUACAACUUUUAUGUAGGGAUAGAAAUUUGGAGGAUUCGUGAUUUUAGGGGGUGGGGAAGAGUAUAUCUCAUUUUUUUGGUGUUAACAUUUUAAUACGCUAUCAACCUCGGUCAUUCUACGCGCCUAUUAAACAUAUUUCAGACAUAGUACAUUUACACUUAAAACUUGGAAUGAUAGAUAAAUAUUAUCACACGCGUCUCUUGAUAUACCUGUAUCGCGGUCUGACCGAUGUGUCGCUGCCGUGGCUGGCGGCCAGCGAGGUUAGUCAUAGCAAUAUUGCCUUUUAGUCGGUGGGAUAUGGAAUACAUUUAUAGAUUGCAACAUCAUCAGACGGCUGGGCACUAUAGACCAAACGUAUGAGGUUGUUUGACUGAUUUGAUCCAUACAAUUUUUUGAUAUGGUGGCUAACUUUUUCCUCAGAUGAGUUAACGUGUGCCCAACAUAAUCCUUUAUGAACUGAUGACAGAGGUGCGUGGAAGGUGCAGAGUCAACCUACUUGAUGCCAUUUUUGAGGGAAAGUAUUUAGAGGAGCUCAGUUCUAGAGCCAGCUUUUUUUAUACUGAAGCAGCAACGCAAGCAGAAGCUUAAUACCAGGGCACCGCGGCUGUUAUGACGAACUUAAACAAACUUUGUUAAUCCUAUUUUUGAGCUACCUGAAGUUAAGAGAACUGGGAAAAGUCUUUUGAGGUAGAUUGUUCCACAAUCUCGAUAUCCUAGGGUCAAAAAAGCCGUCUAAUCGACAAGUUCUGGAUCUACGAAGUUUGAUACGGUUAGAAUGGGAGACCGAAGUCAGGCGGAUCUGUCUGGCAGGCACAGAAAAGUCAUCGAUCAGUCAGAGAGCCCUCCUCUGAACAGCACCGGCCAUGGAUAAUGUAAUCGGGGAUAGGUCUCAUCUGGGACUUGUAGAGGAUAUUUACAAAAUGAAAUGUGAAACUGUUAUCAACGGAGAAGCCUCAAAAGACCAUGAAGAAAAAAUAAUUAAGAACGGCAACAGCCAUCGGAAAGCGGUACAUCUAUUCGAGUUCCCAGAAAAGAAGUUCGAAAUCAGAAAUUCACUAUUGACGGACAUGAUAGAGUCAAAUCCCCACAUAAAAACUAUAUAUAACAUUUUUGUGGCUCUAUUAAUUGCACUAUUUAUAAAUACUAUUGCGCAUGAUUAUUUGAGGACAAACGAGAUUAAAUUUGGAUUCCAUAUAAUCUCCAAGGCAUUCGGAAAAUUGUACAUAUCACUUAUAACGUGGUUGGGAUAUAUGACAUCAACGUUUGGAAUUUUCUUUCUAUUCCAGUUUUGGGCUAAAAUACGUUUGAAUCUUUCUCCAAAAUCGAAGGUGAUUCGACUUUGGGAUAAGUUUUGGUUGAUCUGUCUGGCGUGUUACUACAUCACUUCGUUCAGAGUAGCUUCAAAAAUUGUCAGCAGUUAUAAAUUGCCACCAGCUUCAGCAGCUAUAAUUGCGAUUGAACAGGUUAGACUGUUGAUGAAAGUCCAUUCUUUCGUAAGAACAAAAGCGGAAGCUUUUGUUAAAUACAAACUACACAGUGAACAAGUUGUACCUAAAGUGGAGUUUAUGAAGUUUUUGUAUUUCCUUUUCGCUCCCACAUUGAUAUACAAAGACGAAUAUCCUAGAACAAAUAAGAUCCGCUGGGACUUCGUAUUCUACAGAGCUCUAGACAUAGUCGGCAUCAUCUUCCUAUAUAGUUUUGUUUUCUAUCGUUUCGUAUUCCCGUUCUUCGACGAAUUUGGACAACGGAAGUACACCAGGGCGGAAAUCUUGGCAUUUAUGUUUGACAUCACAUUUCCUUCUGUACUUCUAGAUCUCGCGACAUUCUAUUUAAUGCUACAUGCCGUUCAAAAUCUCUUCGCAGAGUUACUGAGAUUUGGAGACAGAAUGUUCUAUAAAGAUUGGUGGAGGUCUACUACUUACCAACAAUAUUACAAAACUUGGAAUGUUAUAGUGUACGAUUGGUUGCGCUCGUAUAUUUUCAAAGAUUUGUAUUAUCUGACUAACGGUAACACAACUGUAGCUAAGCUUACCGUUUUCGUUGUUUCGGCUAUCGUACACGAAUGGAUUCUCACUUACAUGUUAGGAUUUUUCUUACCAUUUCUUGCACUACAAUUUGGUACAAUGGGUCUUUUGUUAUACUUUGUUAACGUACCACAAGUAACAUUUUUAAACAUUUUAUUUUGGUAUGGAAAUGCAUUAGGGCAUACGAUGAAUUUGGCUAUAUAUGCUUUAGAGUUCAAUGCUAGGUUGGUUUAUCCUUCAGAUGGUUCUUGGAGAGACUAUCUUGUACCAAAGUUUGUGAGCUGUGAUUGUAUUGUGUGAUUGAUGAAUCUCAGUAUCUAAAGCUGUAUUAAAUAAUUGGUUUGCAUGUUGCUAAAAAUCAAUUUAUUCGAUUCGGCCGAACAUAGUUUUUGAACAAAUUAGGUAAUUUUUAUACAGGUUUGGAAUAACCACUUAAACUAAUGUUUUUGUACCGUGUCAAGUUUCUUUUGAAUGGGUAGGUUGUCACGUGCCAAAAUCACGAAAACUUUUUUUCAUGAUUUUGAUCACUUACCAGUAAUUUGAAUUUCUCCUUAUUAACGGUAGGGUGCCGAUUCCUAGGCCAAACCAUUUUUAAUGAUUUCCUUAUGACAAAUUUCGUUGCGCCCAAUGUCGGGCCAACGAUAUUUUAUGAGGAAAUUGCUGAGAUAGUCGUUGAUAACUUGAGUGUCCAAAAGAUUUCAAUAAAUUUUUAAAAGUCUGUUUAAAGGAUUCAUCAAAUUAUUUGGCUCUGUGUACUUGUAUGUCUAAAAUGAUAGGCACUAAGCGAAAUACAAAAAGGUUGUCACGUGCCAAAAUCACGUGACAUUUUUUACUAUUUUGAUCACUUACUAGUAAUUUGAAUUUAUCUUUAUUAAUGAUAGAGUGCCCAUUCCUAGGCCGACAGAGACACAGUAUUGUGUUGAAAUCUUUUGGACACUAAUGUUAUAGUAUUAUUAACGACUAUCUCAGAAAUUUCCUCAUAAGAUAUCAUUGACCCCACGUUGGGCGCCACGAAAUUUGUCAAAGAAAAUCAAUAAAAAGAGUUUGGCCUAGGAAUCGGCAGCCUACCGUUAAUAAGGAGAAAUUCAAAUUACUGGUAAGUGAUCAAAAUAGUAAAAAACAGGUUACGUGAUUUUGGCACUUGACAAGUCAUGAUGUUAGUAAAACGUGUAUAUAACUAAAAUAUAAAUUAUAAACAAUAUUUUUAUAGUUGAUUGAAUAUUCCUUGCACAAUCAUGCUGCAGUAAUUUCUCAAUAGUUUAAGUAGAUUAACUGGGAUUAAUGAAUAAACAAUUGUGAAACGUAAACAAUUUCAACGAUUUGGAUUUACGCUCAAAGUUAUAAAGAUAAGUAUAAAAAUUGGCAUAUGAUUCACAGUCAAUCUAAUCAUCAAUGAUACAAGCAAGAACGUAGAGAUACUCAUUAUUUUUGCGUUUUUUUUCUAUGACUAUUCUAAAAUUGGCUAUGUCUAUAGAUAUAACGCCUCUCGCUUUUAAUAUAAAUAAAAAAUAACAUUUUGAGUGCUUACUGGUGAGAAAAUAUUAAAUAGGUAUAAUUAGCAUUUUCAAUAAGAAACAGUUAACGACAGUAAUAACUUGAUAAUAUAAAAAGGCAAAAAUUGUGUUUCUUAUUUCAAACAAUUUGUUGUAAUUUCACUGUGAAGAUUUGAAUGUAUACGUAUAUGUAUGAAUCGACUAGAAUUGUUUAGCAAUAGAAUAUGAAAAUACAGAGUGUUGUUAAAGUACCUGCCCAAGCGCUAGGGGACGUUUACUUGAUGGAAGACUGAAAAUGAACCAGUUUACAUAAACAAAGUCAGUCGAUAUUCUGUUUUUAAUAUACAGUGGGUCAAACUUUUAUCAAAAUAAUCUUAUUAUUAGAAAAAAAACGUGAUAACCUUUAGCUAACUUCUGGCAUUGUUAAAAUUCGACAGAUACAAGUGUACCUAUUGCCGAAAAAAUGCUAUUUGAGAAAAACACUUUAUGAAAACUAUCAAUAGUUAUUACCUUUUGUUCAAACUCGUUGAAUUUUUAGCCUUAGGAAUUUGGAUUAAUUGGAGCGUAUUUCUAAUUCGACUUUAUAUAUUUUCAGCGAUAUGUCUGUACCUACUAAGCUUCAGCAAAUCUUGACAAAUCCGUCUAAAGGGAUUUCACUUUUUUAAAACAAAUUUUCAAAUAAAAGUUAGAUCCUAUGAUUUAAUGACGAGGCGUCCCCGCGUUUAUGCUUGUGCAUACUUUUUUUUUAUAUGCAUCAUCCCUGAAAUUUAUCUAGGUACGUUAUUAACACCCUACGUAUGACGGAAAGCUGGAUUUGCAAAAAAAUGCAACCUGUGUAUUUGUUGUUGUAAUUAUUUAUAUUUAUAAAACUGUUACAUUUUUAUAAUAAAUAUGAUUUUCAAAGUCA